AUGGAUCAACAGCAGCAGCAGCAGCAGCAGCAAUCACAGCAACCCCAGGCCCAGCCUGGAGGUGUGCCUGGCCCUACCGGCCGCCGUCUGCAUAUCGCCCAUCGCCGUAGCCCUUCGGAGUUGACCCCGUUGAUGAGCAUGUAUGCGAAUCCCGGCAUGGAACAACUGGCCAUUGCGCAGCAAAUCGAGCUGCUGCAACAGCAGCAGCAGCAGCUCCAAGCUACUUAUCAGCACAUGGGCAUGUUGCAGAACGCUCAGGCUCUGGGCCAAGGCGGCUUCAACCCUCUCCAGCAAGCCAUGCCCAACCUUUCGCCGCAGACCGGCUUUCAAUUCCCGAAUCAGCUUCAACAGCAAAAUGUGUCCUUGGCCCCUCCCACACAGCCACUCUCACAUCGCCGUAAUCAGUCGGCUAUUCCCAACAUGGGUAUGGGGGGGCCCCCUCCCGCCCCUUCCGCUGGAGCCUCGGGAUCUGCCUUUGGCAACUUUGAAAACCUCCAACCCGCCCAGAGAGGAGAAAACGCUGGCGGCCGUGGUGGUAGAGGUGGUGGCGCCGGGGGUGGUCAUCAGAGACGUCACUCCCUAGCCCUCGCUGACGCCAAGAAGGCCGCCGAAAUCGCCCAGCAGAAGCGCACCACCUCCGGCUUCCAGUUCCCCGCCCCUGGUGCUUCGGGCUCUGCUGAAAAGACAGAAACCGACGCAAAGGGUGCUAGUGCCGCCCCGGCGCCCGCUCCGGUUGCUGCCCCAGCCGACAGCCAGAUCGCACAAGGUUCCUCCUUCCGUGGCGGUCGCGGCGGCGGUCAUGGCCGCAGCCAGAGCAUGGCUGUCGGCGCCGGUGGUCGUGGAGGACGUGGUGGUGGUAUGAACUUUUCUGGCGACGACCUCCAACGCCGCGGUGGUGGUGCUGGCGGAGGUCACGCCCGCACUGGAUCUCGGAACUUUGAUGGCAACUGGCGCAACCAGAGCCAGAACCAAAAUCAGGGCCAGGACCAGUCUGCCGGCGCCGGUCAGAAUCAGGGGUUCCAGCCGGGCCAUCGCAGCCGCGGGUCCAUCAACCACCAGUCCAUCUCUGGUCUAGGCGCUUUCCAGUAUGCUGGCCAGCCUCAGUUGAUGCAGCUCCCUGGGCAGAUGAUGGUCCCCGGCAUGUUCCCUGGUCAGCAGCUCAACCCUAUGCAGCUCAACCAGCUGCAGGCUCUCCAGAUUGCUCAGAUGAGCGGCCAGCACAUGGCUGGUCUUGGCGCCAGCCAACACGCUCCUCAAAUGGCCGCCCAGCAGCCCCAACAGCAACAGCGCAAGACGCUUUUCACUCCUUACCUCCCCCAGGCUACCCUUCCUGCUCUCCUCGGCGACGGGCAGCUGGUUUCGGGUAUCCUCCGGGUCAACAAGAAGAACCGUAGUGACGCUUAUGUGUCGACUCAGGAUGGUCUGCUCGAUGCCGAUAUCUUUAUUUGCGGCAGCAAGGAUCGCAACCGCGCCCUUGAGGGUGACUUGGUGGCUGUCGAGCUCCUUGAUGUCGACGAGGUGUGGUCUCAGAAGCGCGAGAAGGAGGAGAAGAAGAAGCGCAAGGACAUCACCGACACUCGCUCUGGGUCCACCGCCGGAACAAACCAGGGCAGCACUAAUGAUGACAAUGGCGCCGAAGGUGGCCUCCGCCGCCGUGGCAGUUUGAGACAGCGCCCUACCCAAAAGAAGAAUGACGACGUUGAAGUGGAGGGUCAGAGCCUCCUUCUCGUCGAGGAGGAGGAGAUCAACGACGAGUCCAAGCCUCUUUAUGCCGGCCAUAUUGUUGCUGUCAUUGAGCGUGUGGCUGGUCAGAUGUUCUCCGGCACCCUGGGUCUCCUCCGUCCCAGCAGCCAGGCUACCAAGGAGAAGCAGGAGGCCGAGCGCGCCGCUCGUGAUGGGUCCAACUCUCGCCAUCAUGACAACCGCGCCCAGGAGAAGCCCAAGAUUGUGUGGUUCAAGCCUACUGACAAGCGUGUUCCCUUGAUUGCCAUUCCCACUGAACAGGCUCCUCGUGACUUUGUUGAGAAGCACCAGGACUACGCCGACCAGAUCUUCGUUGCCUGCAUCAAGCGCUGGCCCAUCACCUCGCUCCAUCCUUUCGGUACUUUGGUCGAAAAGCUCGGAAAGAUGGGUGAUCUCAAGGUUGAAACGGAUGCUCUUUUGCGUGACAACAACUUCUCUUCGGAUGAGUUCUCCGAUGCUGUUCUGCGCAGUGUGAACCCUCAGGACUGGACUAUCGCAAAGGAAGAUGAGGCGGCCCUCGGCUCCCGCAGAGACUUCCGUGGCGAGAAGGUCUUCACCCUCGACCUCGAAAGCACUGCCGAGCUUGGAAACGGUGUCCACGUCAAGACACUGCCUGAUGGCAAGGUCGAGAUUGGUGUUCACGUUCCCGAUGUCACUCACUUCGUGAAGCCAGCUUCGCUCGUCGACAGAGAGGCCAAGAAGCGCGGCACCGCCGUUCAGCUCAUGAACCGUUUCUGCGCUCUUCUCCCACCCAGGCUGUCCGGCGAGUACUGUGCCCUGACUCCCGAGGAGGAUCGCUUGACCGUCAGCGUUGUCUUCCACGUCAACCCACACACUGGCGCUGUUGCCGAAGGCGACACCUGGAUUGGAAAGGGCAUUGUCAAGAGCGGCGGCAAGUUGUCGCUGUCUCAGAUUGACGAGGCUCUCUCUAACCAGGCCGGCUUCAGCCACCCCGUUGCUGGCGCCAAGGAUAUCCAGCUUCUCAGCCUCCUUGCCCAGAAGUUCCACGAGGCACGCCUCGGUGCUGGCGGUGAGCCUAUUGCCCCUCUUCGUCUGCUCCAGCAGCUUGACGAUGAGAACAUCCCGGUCAAGCACAAUGUCUUUGAUAGCAGCUUGGCCACCGAGCUCGUUGAAGAGCUCAUGCACAAGACCAACACCUACGUCGCUCAGCGCUUGGCCGCUGCUCUUCCCGAGAAGGCCCUUCUGCGCCGCCACGCCCCUCCCAACUCUCGCCGUCUGCAGACUUUUGUGGAGCGCAUGUCCGCUCUGGGCUAUGAGAUUGACUCGACCAGCAGCGGGUCUCUCCAGAACAGCCUGUUCAGAGUGGACGAUUCUGACAUCAGAAAGGGCAUGGAAACACUGCUCCUGAAGUCGAUGCAACGCGCCAAGUACUUUAUUGCUGGCAAGACUGCCCAGCACCUUUGGUCUCAUUAUGCUCUUAAUGUGCCGCUCUACACUCAUUUCACUGCCCCAACCCGGCGCUACGCCGACAUUUUGGUUCACCGCCAGCUUGAAGCUGUUCUUACCGAGACCGAGUACACCGAAGACUUGGAAAAUCUCAUCAAGACGGUCGAGUCUUGCAACACCAAGAAGGACUCUGCUCAGAAUGCUCAGGAGCAGAGCGUCCACAUCGAGGCCUGCCGUACCAUGGACAAGGUCCGCCAGGAGACCAACGGAGAUCUCAUCAGCGAGGGUAUCGUCGUCUGUGUCUACGAGUCGGCGUUUGAUGUGCUCAUCCCCGACUGGGGCUUCGAGAAGCGCGUCCACUGUGACCAGCUCCCUCUCAAGAAGGCCGAGUUCAGAAAGGAGAAGCGUGUUCUUGAGCUCUACUGGGAGAAGGGUGUCCCCAGCUCGGCUUACGUCCCCGAGGACGAGAGGCCCAGGGCUGGCGGUGCCUCGCAGAGGGUUUCCAACGCCAUGGCCGCUGCCCGCCAGGCCGAGGAGGCUGAACGUGUCAAGAAGGAGCGCGAGGAGGCUGCUCGCAAGCAGACCGAGACUGGCACCAUUGCGCCCGAGUCGGCCGAUGCUCUCUUUGACGAUGAUGAGGACAAUGCUUCUGACAUCACCGAGGCCAUGGCUGGUGCUUCUCUCGCCGAGCGCCCCACUCAGAGCGUGCCCGGCUCGCCUACUCGCUCUUCGUCGACUCUGCACCGCACUCGGUCGGAUUCCAAGGUGCCGGUUACCGAGGCGCCCGAGACUCGCCUUACCAACAAGGAGAAGUAUCUCAAGCUUUUCAAGCUGAGAGAGGAGGGCGGGGAGUACAUCCAGGAUGUUACCGAGAUGACGCGCGUGCCGGUCAUUCUCAAGACGGAUCUCAGCAAGAGCCCACCUUGCUUGACUAUCCGCUCUCUUAACCCUUAUGCUUUGUAA